AUGACAAGGUCAAUUUUGGAUAACAGUGAAAAGAUGAGAAUCGGAGAUGGACCUUUCCCUUUCCAGGAUUUCUUUGAAGAUAAAUUAGAUGAAGAAAGUGUGAUUCUCACAUUGGUUCCAGUUAAUGAGGAACAUAAUGAAGAGCAUCAAAUGGAACCAAGCAUUUCUUCAACCUCAGGAGCCAACCUGAGGAUGCCUAGGACAAACAACGCAGUUUAUUUUCCUCAAAUGAAUGAACAAUUCAAAGAUUACCCCAAACCAAUUUUUCUCUUGCCAACCAUUUUGCCUUCAAUUAAUAAAGUGUGUCAUGAUACUUUGUGGAACUGGUGCCAACAAAUUAAUUUGACUACUGAAGAGAAAAUAGAGAUUUAUAUGAGGCUGAAGGAACAUGCUUACUCUGAAGAAAAACAGAAUAUUACUGAAGCACCACAGGAGGCCACACUGCAGUCCUGUUCAAGGAAAUGGAAGAUGGUGACCAAGAGAACAAGGAGUAAUAAAACUUGUAAGAUGAGUAAGAAAGAGAAAUGGACCAAUACAGUUGAAGUGAUAACUUCAGCUCAGGAGGCCAUGAUGGCAGCAUGGUCAAGAAUUGCUGCAAGAGCAGUGCAGCCUAAGGCUGUGAAUUCAUGUCCCAUUCCUGUUCCUACUGAGAACUUUCUGCUGCAAACAUCUGGUGUCAGGUGGUGUGUGGUCCAUGGCAGACCUCUGCUGGCAGACAAAGAGAGGUGGGUUAGUCUGCAGUUCCAUGCUUGUCAGGCCUGGGUGCCUGGCACUCCCAAGAAGAUGAUCUCUCUUCUCCUGUUACUGGCCUGCACUUUCCCAUCCUCAGACCUGGAAGACAAUAUGUUAUGCUCAGAAUGUGUUAAGAGGAAUAAAAGGAUGAUGGAAAGACUAAUCAAAAUGAAGAAGAAGAAGAAACCUCGUUUGAACACACCCACAUCAUUCCUUUUGGAUGGAUCAUGUCUGCAAUAA